CACUAGUCCCUUAAUUACACACACAAUCUCAAACCAAAUAUCCUCUGCAGAUACAUCAAUAUCAAUAUCAUUCAUCACCAGGCAAAGUGUAUUUGAAUUGCCAUGGCCUCCUACUACAAGUCCUUCAUCAUGGCCUUCUUUUUCAUUGCUAUUUCCUUCUCAGGCAUGGACAUUAGCAUAGCAGCUCGCCAUCUUCUGCAGACAGCUCCAGUUACACCAACUCUACCAAAACCAACAUUGCCAACUCUGCCUCCAUUCCCAACAUUGCCUACUCAGGGAGCCAAUCUUCCACCUUUGCCUACAAUGACAAUCCCAUCUCUUCCUACAAUUCCCACAAAUAUUCCAACUCUCCCAAAGUCCACUCUGCCACCACUUCCUGCAGUCACUUCACUUCCAACAAUCCCCACCACCAUGCCAACCACCAUCCCAAAGUUCGCUCUGCCACCACUUCCUGCAGUCACUUCACUCCCAAACUUCCCCACAAUCCCAACCACUAUGCCAUCAAUCCCUUUCUUUUCUCCACCACCUUCCACAACCAGCCCCUGAAUUCAUUAAUGAAGCUACUCUAUGUGCUUAAUUUGGAUAACUAAGCACUAAUCUUUGGGGUUCGGUUCUGGACUUCACUGAUUAAUUAGCUGAUCAACUCCUUUCUACUAUACAUGUUGUUUACCUAUAUAUUACUGUGUUAUUUGUAGUCGUUUUUUCCCUUCAUUCUUGUAUGCGUGGCGUGGGAUUAUUGUAUUUUUCUUCAUUACUUCAUGUAUGUACUUGGAGACCUAUUGUUAUACAAUACACUAAAAAUUAUGUUUGAUCUUCAUAAAAA